AUGUCUGGCCACACUUUUCCUCCAUCAAUGCCUGCUGGCAGUCAUGCGAUGCGAGAAUACUACUCCAACCAAGACCCACCUCGGUCUGCACCACACACUGCACCCUCCGAUACACCCUACCUCGGCCUCCGGGCUCGUCUUUCACAGGUCUGGAUCAAUCGAUGGACCAUCCUUCUCCUACUUAUCCUUGCCCGAACCCUACUCGCUAUCCAGGGUAUCAACUACAAUGUCGCCUCCGCUAGAAGAGAGGCACUAUCUGCUUGCUCCGACGUCGAAGCCAUGGGUUCCACCAUGGCUUCCAUGCCACACUACAUGUCUCAAGGCGUCAAUUCCCUUACUGCUGCUGGCAUCGAUAAGUCCGUCAACGGUCUCAUGUCUAUGUCGACACUGAGCGUCACCGCCGUAGAGGAGAUUGUGGUAUUCGUUAUCGGAAUGAUGACCAAUACCUACCUCUGUCUGAUCACUUUUGCUGUCACUGGCAGCUUGCGGUCCGUUAUCAACGUUAUUGAUGGCGCUGAAGCCGACAUCAACGAUCUUGGCAGCAAAGUCGGUGGUGAAAUCGGCGAUGCCAUGAAGGGUUUCUCAGAUGCGUACAAGAAAGUUCAAGAUGCAGCCAAAGGUCUCACGUUGGGACUUGGUUCAGGAAUCAACCUUCCAGCCCUGCCUGAUCUGACAAAACAAAUCGAUGGCAUCAAGAAUUUCAAGCUGCCACCUGAGCUUGAUGCGGAUCUGCAGAAACUGAACAACUCCCUUCCGAAUUUUGAUCAAGUCAAGAACGCCACCGAGAGUGUCAUUCGUCUCCCGUUCGAGGAAAUUAAGAAGAUCAUCGACCAGAACCUUGGCACUUAUCAAUUCAAUCAGUCACUCCUACCAGUGCCUGCCAAGGAACAGUUGAGCUUCUGCACGGACGAUGAUGGUAUCAACAAGUUCUUCGAUAAGCUCAUGGAUCUGGCUGAGCUCGCCAAGAAGAUCUUCAUCACUGUCCUCGUUCUGGCUGCUGUUCUCGCGAUGAUCCCUAUGGGUCUUCGCGAGGUCCGAAGAUGGCGUCACCAGCAAGAGCGUAGCCGGCUAGUUGGCCAAGGUGCGACCGACCCUAUGGAUGUGGUGUACCUGGUCUCACGGCCGUACACCUCGACUGCUGGUCUCAAGCUCGCACGUCUUCCCAGUGAGCCUGAAGCUAUUAAGGACGCCUCUCGCGGUCAGAAUCUCACAAGAUGGGCGGUCGCUUAUGCUACAACGGACGCUGCUCUGUUCGUACUCGCGCUUGCCAUUGCUGGCCUCUUCUCCUGUCUGUGCCAAUACAUUCUUCUCAAAUCGAUCGAGAAGCAAGUCCCUGGCCUGUCCAAUCAGGUUGGCGUCUUUGCAGACAGGGUUGUCACACAGCUGAAUAAUGCUUCCGAGCAGUGGCAGGUCGCCACCAAUUCAGCGAUCAAGUCAGCCAGCGAUGAUAUCAACAAGGACAUGCUCGGCUGGGUUGGCACCGCAACGGAUGCAGUCAAUGAUACUCUGAACACUUUUGUGGACGAAACCAACAAGGUGCUCGAUACUGCAUUCGGCAAAACACCUCUGAGAGAACCCAUCCAAGAAGUCCUAAACUGCUUGAUCCUGCUUAAGGUUCAAGGCGUACAGAAGGCGCUCACUUGGGUGCACGAUCAUGCACACAUCGAUUUUCCGACACUCCCAAACGAUACGUUCUCCGUGGGAGCGCUCGCUAGUCUCUCAGAUGACAAGGACAGCCAACCCUUCCUCGCAGACCCAGACGACAAAGCCACCGAUAAGAUCACGAGUGCCGUGGCUCGCGUCAUUGAUUAUCUGCAAGCCGGCGUUCGCCAGGAGACCAUCAUCUCCUCGUUCGUUCUGGUACUGUACGUCUUCAUCUGCAUGUUGGGCGCCGGUGCUGCUUUCUACAGAGCAUACUGGUGUCGCAGCAAAUCUCGAGGUGAAGGCGGUUCGGUUCUGAGGCGCAAUUCGGCUGGCUCAGGAGUGAUGGUUGGCUCCACGGAUUUCCGUUCCGAUGACCAAGAUCGUUACAUCAACAAUGUUGGUCCCACUGUCCUGGAGCCCAAGCAUAAUGACCCUGCACCAGAGUACUCCGAAGCAAUCAAACCGGCCUCCCAAAGCCCUUUCGCCAGUCCCGAAGAUGAGUAUCACGACUCGAAAUCGAGACCUGACGCCCGUUACGGUGCGAAUGAAAAGCACGGUUACAUCUGA